AUGUCCGGUAAACUUAAUUUUAGCACAGAAACUAAAGCAAGAAUAGCUGAAUGCACAAUCCAUCUUGGCUCCGUUUAUAAAUUUGACGACAGCUGGGAAAGGUUUACAAUAGAGACUGUUUUCCUUCACAAAGACAAUGAUCGUUCAAGUUUGUUAAACGACAUUGCUCUCGUAAAACUGAGAAAGAAAGUAAGAUUCUCCCACUACAUCCAGCCCAUCUGCCUUCCACGUGCUUCAACGUCCACCGUUCUUAACAACCUUUGCAUCAGCAGUGGUUUUGGAUACACUUUAAAAAAUGUUGGUUCAAACAGAAUGUUGAAGAUUAGAAUGUCUAUACUGCAGUGCAACGAACGCUGGGAUGUCAUAUGCAUAGGAGCCUAUGAAAAUUUAAUCGUGCAGGGUAUUUCUAACAUCUGCAAAGGAGACAGUGGAGGUCCAUUUUCUUGUAAAAGUGUAACAGAAGAUCGAUGGACACUCUAUGGCAUACACAGCUACGUGGCUGGAUUUGAAAAAACACAACUAGGCAUAAACAUGCGAGCAAACGAUUAG